UUAUAUUAAUAAAGUCUUAAUCUUUCGUUUUUCUCUUAAAGAAAUUCUCCUCUUUUAUAAACCAAAAAAGGAGCCCAAAAAUCAGAAAGCAGCACGAAAAGAAGAAGAAAGGGAGCAAACAGUAUUGGUGAUGUCAUCUUCCCGAUGGACGUUGAUGGAUCUACCAUCGUACCUGUCGUCAUCGUGGGUUUUCCGGUGGCCAGAAGUGAAUUUAUCAUACAUGAGCUCCGGCUGGAACAUGAGAUUGUUGUCGGUGUCGGGUAAUUUCUCAAUAAUCGAUGAUCUCUUGUGGAGUUUGGUCUCGAUCGUCGAAUCUUUGGUUAUCGUCGCUACGCUCUGUUGUUAUUUCUUGUUUUGUGGUUGUACCCUCUGAUAUUUCCGUUUUUUCAUAAUUCUAAAUUUUGUUCCGAAUAUCGUUACCAAUUGAAGUCUCUGUAAAUAAAAUAAUUGAUGAUUUUCGGGA